UAAAAAUAAUUUAAAAAACAGAAAGAGUGACAUAAAUUACCGAUAUACAAAUAUUUUAUAAAGCAAAAACACAAAUCUACAACAAAAAAGCAAUAAACUUGGCAAUUCACAACCCAUUUACUUAACAUAGACAUAUAAACGCCGGAUUAGCUAUACAUUUGUGGAGAAACGCUUGCAACGGCAACGCAAAGGUUGUGACAACUUGGAACAAAGAAAUCUGAUUGUUUUACUACAUAUGAUAACACAGCGAAUAUAAAUCUAUAGAAGCGAUACAAAGCGCAUGCAAAUUUGCUAUAAAAACAGCAAAUACUACAAAAACAAAAAUUUUUAAAAAAAAAAAACAUAAAAAUUAUUGAGUAAAAUUUUAUUUAAAAAAUAGAACAAAACACUAAUUUAAACUGCGAGAAUAGUGAGUGAAAUAUAAAAAGUUCAGAGUGAUGCUAUAAAAAACAGCUGAUUUUUGCUAUAAAAAUUCAUUAUUGUGUGCCUAAAGUUAGAAAAAAACGAAAAAGAUAACGCUCACCUCACUGUGAACCUCGAACUGACUGCUACAACAACUCAAUACGCUUAAGACGCAUUUGGAAUUUCUGCUAUAAAUUUCAAAAAUUAAUAACGGCAAUUAACUUGCACCAAAAACGAAGUUAUAGCAGGAAGAGCCCCACUUGGAGAGAGCAGCCAUUGUCAAGUUGCUUAGUGCUGCCUUCACACGUGGCUAAUACAACAACUUUCUAAGCUACUAAGCGAAGCAGAAAAGGCGGUAAAAAGUACAAAAGUGCAAAAAAGUAAAAGAGAGUACAACGUACUUAGAACUCGCGGAGCAAGUAUUGGGAUCACCAUAACACCAACAAUUUUAAUUACUUAGCAACAGUCGCUCGAGAUAGUUUGAAGACAGCUUUUGCAAAACGCAAAGCUCCCCAAGCUCACUGACUAUACACGCCCACUCUGGCGUGCGCGCGCGCUCUCUCGCCAAUAUUUUAAGCGCUUACUGCAAUUUUGCAACAACAAAGAGCUUAAUAUAAUGAAAUAAAACUGCAUUGAGACUAGAUACAACGAGCGGUUUAGAAUCAUUCGGUCGUUGCAAGUUCGUGACUUAGCUGCAUUGGAAUUGUCCCUGCAUUAGUGUUGGUGCAAAGCGUACACGAGCGCUAAACAUACGCCUUAGCGAAUACAUAUACGAGGAGAACACAUUGUAGCCGGACGUCAGUGUUUGAAGAACAAAAAGAACGACGACAACAACACCAACAGCAUAAUCGUAUUAAUCACAGCAGCGAUCGUAAGUGCAGGCUUUUUUGCUUUCACCAACAACAACAACACUUGCGUGUAUCGGCGACAGCUUUGCCGACGGUUAAGCGCAUUCGUUGAUGUUCGUCGGUCUAAGAUCGGCGCUGCUGCAGUAAUUACAUCGUUGCAUUCGAUUGCAUUUCGUGCAUUUCGCAAUCGUGUUGAGCGCACAGAUACGCUCUCACCACCACCACCACCAUUACCACUACUAGUGCAGCCAUCGCGCCGAGCUACGACGCUUUACAACGGAAACCGGCCCCAACGAGCCGGCGGCACAGCACUACAUAUUGAAUUUUGAUCAGUUCAUUGUUGAAACGCAUCAUACUUUGGCGCGCACGUUCUCUGACGCUACGAAACGAAGCAAUUUUUUUGUUUUUGUUUACACUGCACCCGAUUGCAACGAGCCGAGAAAGUGCAUCCGAUUCAUUGCUGUUGCUGUUGUUGCUCUCGCAUAGAGAUUUGAAUUCGACAACCGGUGUUGGUGCGGCGACGAGCGACUCAGUCGGUUAGUGUGCAAAUAAGUAGUAUCCGGAGCAGGAAGGCAGCAAACUGACGACGGUCAGCGCAAACGAAUUGCAGUGAAUCAAAAUUUUAUUAGAAAAAUUUAAUUAGAGAAAAGCAAAUUGGCUAAAACACAACACAAAAAUAAACGACGUGAAUGUGGUGAAUGCAAAAAAAAGUCGUAUAAUCAAAAAACAAAAGAGAGCUUUAAGUGCAGCAGUAAAAUCAAAGUGGAAAAUCGGCAACUGAAACGACAAAAAAAAUUUGCAACGACGGCCAAGUGCAACGAGGUCCAUUCACUGCACACAGCAAAGUUCAGCGCUGGCAACAGCCAUAACCGCCAUACGAGCACGAGCAACUCGAGGAGAAGCAGCAGCAGGAGCGCGGCAGUAGCUAAAGAGCACACUCACUGCAUUGGCAUUACUUGGCGAUCCGUGACGUGUACGUGUACCACCUCGUACAAGUUUAAUAGGUACGACUCGUCGUUCCAGAUUCGCGUUUCGUUUCGUGUGAUCGCCGCGUGGCAACGUGCAGUUCGCGUCUGCAACCAACACGAUUAAGAGUCAAUGAAAUUGGCAAAUCGGCAAACUGUUCAGGAAAUCUGCAAGUGAACGGCAUAUGUGAAAAACGUGUUCAAAGUGCUACGAAAAAGUAUUGAACAUCCAUCAAAAAGCAAAUCAAAUAAAUACGGUAUAUGAAAUAAAGAAAAAUUACAUUAAAGCAUAGAACAAAUUGUUAAAGCUAAAAAGUAAAUUUUAAACAAUUUUGUGCUGCUUGAAAUUUAGCUGUGAAUUAAACGAGCAAAGCAAACGCUACAGCGCAGCAAGCAAGGCGUAUUGGUAGAUGAAGUAGAAGCUGAAAAAGCAGAAAAGCCCCAUCAACGUGUUCUCUUAGUGAAAUUUUAUACAUUUGUUUGAAUAUUUUUGUGUGCAUUGACCGUUUUGUUUUAGUUUUAUACUAUUUGUUGUUAAAUACUACCAAUACAUCACAUAAAUAUAUACUUAACUCUAAGCGCAAGCGACUACAUUACAUAUUUGCAUUGAUAUUAUAAGAAAAAGAACAAAAUAACAACAACAAACAAAACAUAAAAGAAAAACAUAAAAACAACGCAGUCCAAACUUCUUUUGGUGGUGUUUCUACGUGCCUCUACAUUACAUUAGCUUACUAGGAUCAGCAGUACAUAAGGAAUACAACAACAAGUCUGUCUACAUUUUCAAACGUGCAUUAAGGAUAAAACAACACUAAACAAUUAAAAUGGCGGAAGGCAAUGGCGAACUGGUAGAUGACAUCAACCAAAAAUCAGAAGAUCGCGGCGAUGGUGAAAGAACAGAAGAUUAUCCAAAACUCUUGGAAUAUGGCUUAGAUAAAAAAGUUGCCGGCAAACUAGAUGAUAUUUACAAAACAGGUAAAUUAGCGCAUGUGGAAUUGGACGAACGCGCGCUAGAUGCGCUUAAAGAGUUUCCGGUUGAUGGUGCCUUGAAUGUAUUGAGUCAGUUCCUCGAAUCAAAUUUGGAACAUGUAUCGAAUAAGUCUGCGUAUUUAUGUGGUGUUAUGAAAACCUAUAGACAAAAAAGCCGCGCCAGCCAACAGGGAGUGCCAACGCCAGCGACCACAGUUCAAGUGAAGGGACCGGAUGAGGAGAAAAUCAAGAAAAUACUCGAAAGAACUGGCUACUCCUUAGAUGUGACCACUGGUCAACGCAAAUAUGGCGGCCCACCACCCAAUUGGGAUGGUCCGACACCCGGCAAUGGCUGCGAAGUUUUCUGUGGGAAAAUUCCAAAAGAUAUGUUUGAGGAUGAAAUUAUACCGUUAUUUGAGGAAUGCGGUACAAUAUGGGACCUUAGACUUAUGAUGGAUCCGAUGACGGGUACAAAUCGUGGAUAUGCAUUUGUUACCUUCACGACGCGUGAAGCGGCUUCAAAUGCCGUACGACAGCUAAAUGAUUUUGAAAUUCGGAAAGGCAAAAAGAUUGGUGUUACGAUAUCAUUUAACAAUCACCGACUUUUUGUCGGCAAUAUUCCUAAGAAUAGAGAUCGUGACGAAUUAAUUGAGGAAUUUACCAAACACGCACCUGGCCUUAUUGAAGUGAUCAUCUACAGUUCACCCGAUGAUAAGAAGAAAAAUCGCGGAUUCUGCUUCCUCGAAUAUGAGUCACACAAAGCCGCCUCGCUGGCAAAACGAAGACUUGGCACUGGCCGAAUCAAGGUUUGGGGAUGUGAUAUCAUUGUCGAUUGGGCUGAUCCGCAGGAGGAACCAGACGAGCAAACAAUGUCAAAGGUGAAGGUCUUGUACGUGAGGAAUCUAACGCAAGACGUUAGCGAGGAAAAACUAAAGGAGCAAUUUGAGCAAUAUGGUAAAGUUGAGCGCGUUAAGAAAAUCAAAGACUACGCUUUCGUGCAUUUCGAGGAUCGUGAUAGCGCCGUAAUUGCAAUGCGCGGCCUUAACGGCAAAGAGAUUGGCUCUUCUAAUAUUGAGGUCUCACUUGCCAAACCACCAUCGGACAAGAAGAAGAAGGAGGAAAUCCUACGUGCACGCGAACGUCGCAUGAUGCAAAUGAUGCAAGGACGUCCCGGUCUCGUUGGCUAUGAACAAUUAUCUCCAUACAGAAACCUAUCGCCCACACAUCCCAAUAUGAUGUCCUUAGCAGCGCCAAUGCGCUUGCCCGGUGGCCCACGAAUACCGCUGCGCGCACCAAUACCACGUGAUUACGAAGAAAAAGUUGAAAGAAGCACGAAAAGAAUACCACAGCAAAAUUUUUCCCAAUUUAUAGAUUAUGAUUACGACUUUUAUGGUUAUUCGGAUUAUCGUGGCGGCUACAAUGAAUCCUAUUAUGACGAUUUUUAUCGCACCUAUGAUGGAGAGUACUUCUUUGAUUAUCCACCGAGCGGUGUGACACCAUUGCCAACUGGUGGACCCGCUGGUGGACUGCAGAGAACGGCCAGAAAUAAUGUGGGGGUUGGUCGUGGACGUGGAAUCACGGCCACGCGUGGCCGAGCCGUUGGGCUCCGUGGCAACAUCAGCCGUCAGGGGGCCCCUCAAGCGGCGGCGGCGGUGGUGGCGGCGGCGGCGGUGGCAGUUCAGCGGGGGGCCACCGCUCAGGGGGCUCAGGCAGCAACCGGGGGGGUCCGUGGGGUGGGACAAAUGCGUCCCAACGCUCGUGGCACCCAGCACGCCAAGCCGCUACAAAAUUUACCAGUAGUCGGUAAACGUAAAUUCGAUGGAGGUCACCAAAAUCCUGCAGAUAUAAAGCGACGUUACCCGAGCGGUUUAAUCGGAAAUGGCAGUUGGGGCAGUAUACCGUUACCACAACAACCACUGGGCACCAAUGGCGAGCAAUGGUACACAGAUACAUUUCCAAAUUGGGCUUAAAUAAUUAUAAUAAUAUUACAAAAACAAAAAACACAAACUACAACAACAAGCGCAUAUUACAAUAAUAAAAACACCUACAACAAUAAAUUGAAAACCACAACAUCCAGUAGCAGUCAUUACAGAAGCGAUUACAUUAGCAAUAAUAAACAACAACAACAAAAACUAUAUAAUAAACAAAAUAAAAACAACAAUAAUUACUACAACAACUCUUGACUACAUAUUACAAAUUUUUAAGCCGUAAAUACAAAAAUGUGUAAACAUAUGUAUGUGACAACAAUAAUAACAACAACAACGUAAUUGAAAAUUUUAAAUGCAUGUAAAUAAAAAAGUAGCUAAGCAGUUAAUCCAUAUAAAAUGCAACAACAACAACAACAACAAUGUUGCAUAGCAUACAUCCAUAAGGAAAAUGCAACAAAUUGUCAGCUCAUAACUCUUGUAAGAUCCCAUAGAUAUACUGCAACAACAACAAAUAUGCAUAUGUAUUUAUGUAUGUAUGCACAUAUGUGUAUGUUUACUAUAUUUGUAUGCAAAAGUGCAUUAAAAUAUUUACUGCAAAGCAAAUUAGGAAACGUAGGGUGACAUUGAACCGGAGCAAAUGUCUAAAGUUGCCGAAAAUCUUACAAAUUUCAACUUUUGAGGAAAGCAAUAUAACGGCAGUCAGUGCCGAGAGUCAAUAAAAAGGCAUAAAACAGAGCAAAUGAAAAAUUACAUAUAAAUAUGUAGGUAACUUUCCAUAUUUGUGCAUAUGUAUGUGUGUGCAAUCAUUUAGAAAAUACAAGAGUUGAUUUUGUAACCCGAAAACAACAACAGACAUACAAACACAAUUACAUAAAUAUAUUUGUAUACACGUUGAAUAGCAGACGGUGUUAUUUUAAAUUAAAAAGAAUAAUAAUUUAUAUAUACAUACAACAAUAAAUAAUUAUAUAUAAAUGAGAACAAUGAUUCUCCAUUGCGAAAAUUAGUAAAAAUAAAAUUUAAUUAACAAAAAUAAUAAAAAAAAUAGAAAAAGCAUUGAGCUGUACACAUUUAAAGAUACACGUCCGUAAAUUUCGCAAUUAAAAAGGAAAUUAUGUAAAAAAUGCAUGUAAAUGCAUAAAUUUUAAAAUAAAAUUAGUAGUCUGAUUCGGCGCUGAAGAAAACAAAAUAGAAAAUGAAAAACAUAUUUGCAAAAACAACCGGUAAACACUUUUUAACAGCUACUCUUACGUUUUUUCGCUGCUUUGCGCAUUUUAAUUGCAUACACACGCAACAAUAACAACAACAAAACUUUUAAACGCCAUAAAAAAAUAAAAGAAAGUGUAACGAUUUGAAAAAAACGCAUUUUAUCAUACAUCACAGCGGCUGGCAUGCAAAUUCUCAUUUCUUGUAUUAAAACAAUAAAGAGUGAAAUAGUAAAGAAUUCAAAUCUUAUAUUCUAGAGUGCCCUGUUGUGUCGGCAAAUACAGCUAACGUAUCAUUUUACUGUUAAAAAAAGCCAUUUCGACACGCACUUUUUAUACACUAUUAUAUACAAAAUGCAGACAAGUAUAAACAAAUAGAAAUAUAAAUUUAAACAGAUAAUAUUUUACAGCAAGAACCUCCCAAAAUAUGUAAAGGACACACAAAUUUGUAAAUAUGUUGCCGAAUAAUUAAAAAAAAAUUAUGAAAAAUUACAAAAAUAUAUAAGUACAUAUAUGUAAGACUAGUAAAACUUUAAAUAAAGCGUCUUAAAUUUGAACACAAACAUAUACGUCUUGAGUGUUGAAUGCAAAUUUGCAAAAAAAAAUUUAAAAAAAAAACUAAAAAUAUUUACUUUGAAAAUUCAAAAAGCAAAGCUUGGCGAAAAAAAUGACUGACAAUUGAAAAUUCUUAAAAAUUAUACAUGAUUAGCAAGUAUGUAUGUAUAUGCAAACUUAUACGAUUAUAAUGGACAAAAAUGAAUAUGAUAAUGCAUAUGUAGUAAAAGAAAUUACAAAAAAAAAAUCACAAAAACAAAAAAACGUUUGCAAUUAUAUGAUGCAAUUUAAGGAAAAUAGCCGACAGCGGGUUAUUUUGUGCCGAAGUGGACGGCAGCAUGUGGCAUUAUUGUGUAAUGUUGACAUGUUGUGUGUAAAAAAAAUAUAAAUAUAAAUUUUUAAACAUAACCGAAAAUACAAAAACACUAAUUGUUUAAAAACAUAUUUUCUGUAUUAAGUUUUGUAGUUGAUGACGACAUUUCGGCAAUUUGUUUGUAUAUUGUAUUAAAACUUUUUAAUUAAAUAAUUUUUUAUAAAUUACCAAAGUUAAAAUUUUCGACUUGUGCGUAAAAAAACAAAUAAUUUUUUUCGAAAGCAUUUUUAAACUAAAUUUCGCAAAUUUAAUUUUUAUAUAAACUUCAACGCUGCUGAAAAUUUUCAAAAAAAUUUAUUUUCUUAAAAAACAUGCAUUAUACAUAUGAAUCUUGUUGGCUGGCAAUACAAAAUAAAAUAUUAUCUUAAAGCAAAAGCGAAGAGUUAGGUUUUUUUAUUUCAAAAAUAUAGUAACGUUAGGAAGUGUAGAUAAUAUUUAAAAACAAAUUACAAUAAUUCAAAAGAAAAAGGCGUAAUUAAAAUAAAAACUGCGUUUAGUGUGUAACGUACAGUAACAAAAUGCAUAUAAACCAAUAAACUGGGUUAAGUGAACCAACAAAAUAUCAUAAAACACGGCAACGAACUAAUUAAACAUCACAUUAUGGUUUUAUAUUUAUGUAUUUUUAAUAAAAACAAAAUAAAAAAGGAAAAAAAACAAUUUCCCAUAAGAAAACACCUAUAAACAAUGAAGACAUGUAGAGCAAAAAUUAAGCUUAACGGUGAAAAGAUCAGUGUCACAUAUUUAUAUAGUAUAAAACAAGAUAAGAAACUUUUAAAAUAUUACAAAAGUAAGCGAAUACGUAUAAAACUAGUAAAACCUUCAAAGCAACAUAUAAUCUUAUAGAUACAUAUACAUAUAUACAUAUACCUAUGUAUAUGCAUAUACAUUUAUAUGUAUAAAAAUUUCCCUAAAUACAAUUGACUAAUCAAUAAUUAAUAAAAAUGCGUAAUGCAAAAUCGGAAUUAAAAUAAUUCACAUAUACAUAAAAGCAAAUAAACGAUUCAAGUAUCCACAUGCAAUAAAAAACACAACUAACCUAACAUAACCUAGAAUUAUUUAUGCCCCAAGUUACAUAACACACGUUUAAAGUUAUUCAUACAUAAAUGCUCUUAAAUAAAUAGCAAAAAGUGAAAUAGUGAAGAAAAUCAGAAAAUCAGAAAAUCAAUUGAUGAACACGCACGCCACAAACACAUUUCGGUAGCAGUCAACCAAUAGUACAGCGUAUCUAGUGUUCCAUUGUUUGAAAGAAAGAGCAGUGUGGCAGAAAGAGAGAGGAGCGAAACAAUUAAAAAAUUAUGCUGCUUCUUAAGUUAAUUUUCAUAUUAUUAUGCGUAAAGUAAGAAUGGAGCGCAGCGGCAUAAGAGAUUCAAAAUUUUCAAAACCGAUAAGGCUUCUUAAAAUUUUCAACCGAUUCAAAAAUGAAUAGCUUGUUAAAGUUAAUAAAAAAAACAGCAUGUAACAAUAGUUGGUAAAAUUCACAAAAAAAUUCUUAAGAACAACAGAUUUCAAAAAUGUAUAUCAUUUGUAAAAAAAAAAUAUUUUUUGGCAUUUUAACUUCUACUUGAUAAGCGUAUACAAUUUCUUUUCCAAACAAACAAAUAACUGUAAUUUCAAAUUGAACAAUUUUCAAGAAUCUGAUAAUAAAUUAUAGGAAAUUAAACUUAAAAAUAAAUUCCAAAAAAAAAAACAUUUUGCUUUUAAGCGCAUCCAUACUUUAUGUUUUUCAAAAGCUGUAAUAGAAAGAGUGAGCCUUGUAGCCUAUGCAACCCUGCUGCAUUUUCAUGCUGUAUAAGAAAAACAAUUCAUUGAUCAAAGAGUAGAGGGGAAAUUAUUAAAAAAAAUAUAUAAAUAUAUAUUUAAUUCAACAUAAACUUUUGCACACGUUUUUUUAAACCUUUUACCAUUUUACUAUUCAUUUUAUCUAUAAAAAUAUAUUACACACUUAAAAUAUAUUUCCACAAUAUUUUUUUUCAAUAAAACUUCAAUAAUAAGUAAUAAAAAAUACAAGUACGCACAUACUAACUAAAGUAAUGUAAACACACACCAUAUAAAUAUGCAAGUUCUUUAAAAAUUUCAAAAAUUCGUAAUUUUACGUAUACCUGCCCCAGAAAAGCCGCGUGAAAAUUAAAAACAAAAAUAUUAACCAUUACUAUACUAUUAUCACUUUAUACAAAUGAGAAAGAAAUAAGGAAAAUUUUGGCAUGUACUACAAUAAAAACAAAAAUAUUAUUGGUGACUUUAAAGCAUAUAUAUGUAUGUAAAACCACUUCUACAUUAAAAAAAAACGAAUUGCAAAUAUUUUGUAUUUUUACUAUAAACUAAUGUUUUAUUUUAUAUAGUCUAACAUCUUUUUGUUUUAUAAUUAGCACUUAAAUUUAAACUUGCAAAAAAUGAAAUUGUACUGAUUUAUGUUAUAUGUAUGUAUUUUAAGUUAUAUUGUUAAACAAAAAAUAAAAAUAUAUUAAAAUAUAUUUGAGUACACUUUAAAACUAUAUUUAAUCAAACAAUAAACCACUGUACAUUAUCAUAUCUGAGUGUAUAUUUAGCAAUAAAAUUUAUUAUUAAUUGAUAAUAUUCAAAAUUGUUUAAAUAUUUUAUAACUUCUUUUACAUUUUUUCGUCGUUUUAAAAAUUUUUAGCAGUGCAAAUUCAAAAAUGUUAUUUUGUCACUAAAAUUUAAUUAUUGUAUUUUCAACUAUUUUUUAACCAUUAAAAAAAUUAGUGUUAAAUGAAAUUAAUUUGAAAAUGUUAAUUUUUUGUUUUGAACUUGUCUAUUUUUUGUUUCGUAAAUUUAUAACUGUUUUAAUUGUAACCAUGUUAUGUUUAAUUUGUAUUUUUGGGAUCGGGAAAGCAAAUAGUUUGGCAAAUAAUUUAUACAGAUUUAAUUGUUCAGUGGUUUAAAUAGCGUUUUGGCUUCUUUCUUAAUUUUUCGUUUUGACAAACUACAAAAAUUGUGUGUUUUAAAAUUUCAAACAUUUGUAUUUUUUUAUUUCACGUGAUUUUCGUUUUGUUGUAGCAAAAUAUAUUUACUUUGUAUCUUAUUUUAUAAAAUUACUAAACAUAUGGAUAACACUUAUUUGAUUAUUGUAACAUUUUUUUUAUGUAGUGCUAAAAAGAAAAUUUGUUUUAGUGCAUAAAUCUAAAUUUUAAUAACACAUAUAUAUAUAUUUUGCUUAUACACAUGCCGUGUGUAUAUUAAAUUUAAGCAAUGUGUUAAAAUUACACAUUAUAUAAUUAACUAAUUGUAUUUUAAAUGGAGUAAAAAAAAAACAAAAACAAAAAAAUGUAUGAAUAUAAAAAUAUAUUGUGCGAACAUAAAAGGAAUGUUUUGAUAAAAAAACAAUAACAAAAACAUAAAUAAUAUGAUAUAAGAAAAAUGUGAUCGCAAAAGUAGUAACGGAAUCGUUGAGUUAGAAGAAAUGGCAUAUACAUACAGACAUAUUUUAAGUAACUACAUAUUUAAUAAAAAAAGUGGCGCAACGUAAUGCUAAAUGAGAUGCAACGGCAUUCACGUAAUUUCUGAACAAGAAAAAAAACAGACUGCGAACUUUAAGGAAGAUUUUUUGUUGUGUAAAUCAUUAAGUUUUAAUUGGCAAAUAAAGUAAUAAAAUAAAUAAAGAAUGAAAAAUAAAUACAAACACAAAUGUCUUAUUGGCAAAAUUAGUUUUUUUCUAAAUUAGUUAGGCUACAUAUACUUUUAUCAUUUCUAUAAUUUCAUUGCGCUUUUUGGGUAGUGGUUUGGGUAUAAAAUAUGUAUAUGGUAGUAAACGUAACCUUUCAUAUAUUCACUCAAACCAUUCGUUCGUCAAGAAUUUAAAUAUACAAAGGUAUUUAUCUACUUUUAUGAAGCGUUUUACUUAUCUACUCAAUACACAUUGGUACAUUUGUACUUUCUUGCCGUGACGUUAAGGUUAAACUUUUUAAUUUUUUUUAAAUAAUGUAUCAUGUUUUUAUGUUAUUAUAUUUUCAAUGUGUUUUUCAACUUCAUUAAACUUCACUUUAUUGGAUUUUUAUAAUACAUGUAGGAGAAGCCACUUUAUCAACAACAUAGCUUUAUUAAUAAUAAAUUAUUAAAUUUUUGAAAACGAGCGCUUUUCAAUUCAACAUUUUCAUAACUCAUUCCGGAUGCGUUUAUAAAUACUAUUCCAAUUCCGAUUGUUCUAACUCUCCGCAUUAAUUUUGUUGCAAUUUGUAAAAGCUUAUUCAGCAUCAUGCACUUAAUCUCUCUCUCCUCUAGAGCUCUUCUUUUCUAACAUGAACAUUUAGAUUAAAAACUUGUAUUUAAAUUUGGACUUGAACGCACUGAAUGAACGAAAUAGAAUACAGCGCAAUUACUUUAAUUAAAUGCAAAUUAAUAACAAAUCUGCAAAAUGUACGUGGUCCUAACGGAAGGGGUGGAGAAACCAUUUGAUGAAUGCAUGCGAUUUCCGUUAAUGUCACGACCGAACACAGAAUGGCGUCAACUACGAAUGCACGAGUCGCCGCGACCAAAAUAGUGUUGGCCAACAUGCAAUUUAUGAAAAUCAUACAUCAACACUAAACCGCAAAACGUAACGUCGCUUAUACAUUCACUCGCCGUAACCGAACUUACAAAAUAUAAGAACUUUAUAAAAAUAAUAAAAUAAAUAUUAAAUAAACAGAAUAAUGUAUCAUCCGUUUUUUACAUUGAAAACGUAUGCCUUUUUCUAAAAUUGCUACAAUUUUUAGCUGUUAAUUAUUACGAUUUAAGGACUAUAAUGGAAUUACUAAAAGAGCUAUAAAAGAAAGAACUAUAUACAAUAAAUAAAAUAACUUAAAUUAAAAAACUGUAGUGUUAUUUCUUCUAAAUAUAUUUUUCUCUUAAAAUAUAAGAAAAUUACUUUUAUACUUUUGGCCAAUACAAUAAUGGCAUACUGUCAUAUUCUUAACAAACAUAUUUAGAAAUAUAUUUCAUAUAUUUUUUUGCUCUUGGUAAACAAGCUGAAUUUCAAAAAUACAACUAAAUGACUUUUAAAUUUUUGGCCAAUACAAUAGUGACAUACCGUUAAAAUAUUCUUAGCAAAGACAUUUAGAGAACAUUUUAUGGGAAAAUUUUUUUGAAUUUCAUUUAUUUUCAAAAAGAAAAUGUUAUAACGAUAAGAUAUACUUGAAAAAAAUUUUAAGCAAAGCAAGAAAAAGCCACAUUACGUGAUAUAAUUUUAGCUUGUUCCAAUAAACAGUUAAAAUAAACAAUUUACCUUUCUAUUUUCCAAUAAUUACAUUACUUUCAAAUAAUUUAAAAAAAUCGCAAUUAAUUCGAAAAUAAAAUUUAGUUGAAAUUAAUCAUGCUUAAUAUAUUUUUAUUAAGUUAAGACUAAACUAAAAUAUAAAAUGCAAAUUUGAAAGAAAAAUUACUGAAAAUAAUGCAAGGCACAAUUUAUGACUCCAAUACAAGGUAAUCGAACCAAUGCAACAAGCAAAACAAAACAAAUUAUUUCAAAAUUAAUAGUACAGAACUGAUGACAAAAAACAAUACCUUUAAUCUAACCAACUACCAAUAUAAACAAAUAUAUUUCAACGUAGAAAGAUUUAUGCAUGAAAUUAUGAAAAAAUAAUAGGAAAAGCAUAUUUGAUAACAAUAUUGAAAUAAUGGCGAUUUCAAUUAUAAUCAAUUUUGUUUUUAUUUAGUUAUCUGUGUUUCGCUAGCUUUUAUCGAACAUUUACUAUUUUCCAACAAUUUGUAAACAUAGUUCAAAGUGAGCAAUAAUCAGCUGACA